GGAAAAAAUAUUGAGAGUUGUAACCCCUCAUUCAUCUCCUCGCCCCGCAAAUCUCAAGGAAGAAAAGCACACAGUGGGGCCCGGCCUCGCGGCGCCCGGAAACACAGAACGAGCGACCUCCGCCCCGCGCUCGGGACCACCGUGGCAGAAGACGCCCCGCUGCGGCGGAGACCCGAGACCGUGCAGAGCCUAAGGCCACCUACCGUGUGUCUCCUGCACCUGCCCUGCACUGACUCGGCUUCAGAGAGGACCAUGCAGCUAGAGAUCAAAGUGGCCCUGAACUUCAUCAUCUCCUACUUAUACAAUAAGCUGCCCCGGCGCCGCGCAGACCUCUUUGGGGAGGAGCUGGAGCGGCUGUUGAAAAAGAAAUAUGAAGGCCACUGGUACCCCGACAAGCCCCUGAAGGGCUCCGGCUUCCGAUGCGUGCACAUUGGGGAGAUGGUGGACCCUGUGGUGGAGCUGGCUGCCAGGCGCAGUGGCCUGGCGGUGGAGGACGUGCGGGCCAAUGUGCCUGAGGAGCUGAGCGUGUGGAUCGACCCUUUCGAGGUGUCCUACCAGAUCGGCGAGAAGGGGACAGUGAAAGUGCUCUACCUGGAUGACAGCGAGGGUGGUGGCGCCCCAGAGCUGGACAAGGAGAUCAAAAGCAGCUUCAACCCUGAUGCCCAGGUGUUCGUGCCCAUCGGCAGCCAGGACAGUUCCCUGUCCAGCUCCCCAUCGCCGCCCUUCGGGCAGUCACCUAGCCCCACGUUCAUCCCCCGCUCCGCGCAGCCCAUUACCUUCACCACCGCCUCCUUCGCCGCAACCAAAUUUGGCUCCACCAAGAUGAAGAAGGGCGGUGGGGUCUCAGCUGCAGGCACCGUGGGCAGCAGCGGGCCUGGUGGGCAGCAGCCACCACCGCAGCCCCCGCGCCUGGCACGCUCGCCCACCGGCAGCCUGCUGAAGCACAAGGGCCUGUCACUGUCCAUGCACGCACUGAACUUUGUCCCAGCCAGCCCAGCGCCGCCACAGUCCCAGCUGUCGCCCAACGCCAAGGAGUUUGUGUACAACGGUGGCCGUGGCUCGCCCAGCCUCUUCUUUGAUGGCGCUGAAGGCCAGAGUAGCGGCCCCGGGGCCAGCACCUGUAACAGCAGCGGCUUUGACGUGGCCCAGGUGUUCGGAGGGGGUGCCAACAGCCUCUUCCUGGAGAAGACGCCCUUCGUGGAGGGCCUCAGCUACAACCUGAACACCAUGCAGUACCCCAGCCAGCCCUUCCAGCCUGUGGUGUUGGCCAACUGACCGACCGUGCAUGUGCCUCCAGCAGGGAGGGGAGGGAGCAGAGUGGCGGGGAGGCAUGCAGGGGGACACGGGGGUGGCCGACGUCCUUACUGGCAGAAAGGAUCCAAGGAUCCAGCACGCCGCCGCUGUGGGAAGGCUCCCGGAACUCAACCCCCUGACUGUCUUCCUGCUGCCUCUGAUUUAUUUGGUUGGUUUGGGUUUUGUAUUUUUUUUCUUUCCAUGUAGGUUUUGAUAGAGCAUCUUUGAUUAGUGGCUUCUUGUGCUAAGAAUGGUCCAGAUGUGAAUUGCUGCUCCCUGCUCUCCGUUCCCUCCCUCACACUCCUUCAAGGGUCGUGUGGCCAAGCUCACAGGGAAGGAAGAGCCGCAGCUGGCGCCGGGUGAACCAGCUGGCGCCGGGUGAACCCGGAGCAGAGCAGAGGGGAGUGGAGAGACCAGGCCCCGCGUCCGCAUCCGCCUCUCUCACCCAGUUAUCCUGUCCUCUCAAAGCCAUCCAACCUCAGCAGGUCUCCUGGGGCCCUGCCCCCUAAAUAGCUCUGACUCCAGCCCCAACUCCCUCUCAGGCUGGGCUCCCGACACCCUCCCCCUCCCACAUGCUGUGACUGCCUGCAGGGAGACCAGCACUAUGUUUAGUGGAGAUCUUUCAUCUCUCUGUGUCGCUGUCCCCUCCUGCCCUAGACCAUCCUCAUGGCCCAGGAGACCCCUCCACCAACCCAGGUGGCCUCCCUUCCUCACUAAUGCAUCCCUGUCUUCUCUGAGCCUGAGGUCAUGGGCAGAGAGGUGGGAUGAGCGUGUGUGUGUGUGUAUACACGUGUGUGUACACGUGUGUGUGAGUGCAUGUGGUUUGCCAUCCUAUUCUAAAGGAUUAUGAGCCCAGUGACACCUUCUGUCUGCUGUCUGGGUGUAAUUCUGGGUUACAGGAAGUGCUUAUUUAUGUUCCAGGUUGGGUUGGGCCAGGGUGGGUGAUCAGUCCUUUCGUAGGGCAGGACCUGCAGAGGGUGACACUGGCUGGGCCUAGGACACUCCUCGGGGAAAGCACUGCAGGAGGAACUGGUUUCCAUACUGCAGGGGAUCUGCACUUUUGUUUGUUUUUGACCAAAAAAAAUCCGAAGGACAAAGGAUAUAGCCAAGCCUCUGACACCUAGAGGUUCCUAGAAGUCCCAAACCUGUCCCAUGGCCCCAGCCGGGAUGUGAGCCCCUCGUCUGAGCCCCUGAGGGGACGGGGCUGGAGUUGGUCACAGAUGUCGUUUUACUGCCUGUGUGCACUGCCUGUGGGCUUCUUUACCUCUCACCCUCAUUUAAGUGGGGCCUCAGCGCCUGAUGCUGUGAGGCAGGGUUUCCCUGGCAGGGCAGGCAGAAAAACCAGUGCCCUCUAAGCCUUUGGGCUGCAGGAAGGUGCUCGUUCCAGUGCCCCUGCAGAAACAUGGCUUUCUCCAGCCUGGGGGCAGCUUCCUUGCCCUUACGGUGCUUCGGCAGGUGGGGUCUUGGUAUCGGGGGCCCCAUCGCCUGGAAGCGCCAAAGCCCCUGGCACCCCAUGCUGUGCCAUCUUCCCAGGGGCCUCAGGCAGGCACUGUGGUGGCAGUGGGUCCGACCCAGCAGGCGCUCCCAGCCUCCUCUUCCUGCACUGGGUACCAGCUCUACCUCCCCCACGGGGCAAGGCCCCAGCUUCCCAGCCCAGCACCCUCUGUCCCCUUGCACCAGUCUCUCAGGCUGGGCCACCCUUGCCCUCCUCCUAGCACCCACCCAGGUGACAGGCCCACGCAGACCACGUCUCUUUGGGAAAGACUGAGUCUGUCUUAGCCCUUCCAGCCCCUUGGCACACGCAGGCUGCCAGGCUCCUCCGCAGCGCUUUGGGCCAAGAGACCAGCCCCGCGGUGUCUGGAAAUCCGAAGAAAAUGUGUGUUCAGGAACAUGACGCCGGCCGGGGCUUCGGCCCGGCUCAGUCUCGUCUCAAAUCUAGGCAUUUUUGCUUCAAUUUUAUUUUUUUUAAAAGAAAACAAAAACCUGCACUAAUUUACCUGGUUUCGUAGGAAAACUUUUUUUUUAUUUUUUACAUUUUUUGGUGUCUGUUUGUAUUGAAUAAUUUGCUACAUUUGUAAAAUGUAAGAGGUAUAUAUAAUAUAUGUAUAUUUCUAACGUAAGAAACGUAAUUUUUUUCUUUUCAAGAGUUUUUUCUUAAAAAGAGGAGAGAAACCAAUAUUUUUUCAGGAAAAAACAAACUUUAAAAUAAAAAAAGAGGAGAAUAAAGCCUUUUUCUCCCCUUUCCCCAUCCUGUCUAUCCCUCUUUCCCAGGAACAAGUCGAAGGUGGGUUAUCUUGUAAAGAAUGUACACUGUCAGUCCAGAAUGGUGUCUUUUUCUCAAUGCAGUGACUCUAGAAUCUCUAGUUUUUUCCCUAGGGACGGGAAGGGGACAUUGAGGCAAGCGUGGAGAGGGGCCAGGGGAGCAGGGUAAUAACCUUUUUUUUCUUUAGUGAAGGAGGAAUACAAUCAAGCAUUUUGUAUUCAGAAUGUUGUGCAAUAUUUUGGAAUGGAACAUUGGUGUGUUUAGAGAUUUAGUUUAAAAACAACAAAAAAGAUUGAUCAAAUCUGUACAGUUUAUAUUGUUCCAGAUUUUUUUAAGUUUGUAUUAAAAGCAUGAAUAUAUAAUAA